AUGGCGACCACCAGAGCCUCUCAAGCAAGUCGAUCAUACGCUACUGGGGUACCUAGAAAUGACCCAUCAGAUCAAAUAUCGGUUACAAGGUUGAGCACUUCCGUUCGCGGAAUUGAUAAGGCUCCCAGACAAAGGUUGAACACUUCCAGAAAUGGAAUUGAUGAAGCUCCCGAUUCACAGUUGAGCACUUCCGCUUGCGGAAUUGAAGAAGCUCCUGUUAAGUUUAACUCUUUGAAGUUUCAAAGACCAAUUACGAGAUGGUUAAAUAACCUUGAUUCUGAGUUAUCAGCUGCGUAUCAGCUUUGGGACAAUUCUGAGACAGAAAUCUUUUCCCCAGCCGUAACGGUUAUGAAAAAGAGCGCCUUGGCCAUUGAAUUAUCUAAUUACAUCAAAACAGCCAAAGGUUUAACUUCUAAAAUUGAUAACGGCAUCAAUGAAUGGAAACAAAAAGUAGCAAAUUCAGUAGCCAAAGAAAAAAGGCUCGUAGAAUACGGUAAAAUCACAGAGUACUGCUAA